CAGUAAUCUAAAAGAAUAAAAUAUAAUAAAAAUGUUCUUGAACACGCUGUUUGUGCUGGUACUUUGCAGCAGUCAUGCUUUCGCCUCCAUGACAGACGAGGAGGUGAAAGUCCAAUUUACGAAAUACGUAAUGAAGUGUCAGAAGGACCAUCCCGUGGAGAUGACCGAGUUGAUGGCUCUGCAGAGCAUGAAAACACCGACUAAUAAGGAGACUAAGUGCCUUCUGGCUUGCGCUUAUAGGGCUGAGGGUACCAUGAAUGAUAAAGGAAUGUACGAUUUGGAACAUGGCUACAAAAUUGCUGAGGUGACGCAGAAAGGCGAUGACAAAAGAACGGCUAAUGCGAAAAAAUUGGCCGAUACGUGUUCAAAGGUUAACGACGAGUCAGUGAGCGACGGUGAAAAGGGAUGUGAAAGGGCUGCUUUGCUGUUCAAAUGUGUCGCUGAAAAUGCCCCAAAGUUGGGCUUCAAAGUUUAAAUAUUUCAACUAUUACAACUAAACGGGAGAGGAACCGAAUGCAGUUUUGUACUCUUACUACUCUUCAAAGAGGUAUAAUA